GAACCUGAAACCCCCAAAAGGUGUCUAACAUGGUUACUUUGGAAUCUGACCCGGUGGUAAUGCCAAUUGCUAGUUUAGACACAAAACAGCUGUGUAUCUUUUUGCAGGAGCCUGGGGACGGGCCAUGGUGCCCAGCCAGUUGUGGGGGAGACUGGAGAAGCCACUUCUCUGCCUGUGCUGCGCCUCCUUCCUCCUGGGGCUGGCUUUGCUGGGCAUUCAGCCGGACUUUGCCCCUGUCGCUUCCUUCCUUCUGACCUUGGGUUGCUUCUUCUUGUUUGCCUGCCUCCUGGCCUGUUUUCUGGAAUGGGUAUUCAGCUCAGUGCAGCCAGAGAGUCCAGGGGCCUCAGACAAUGCUUGGGAUAAUGAAGACUUGGAGGUGCCCCCCUACGGAGGGGUCACGGUGUUAGACCCACAGUGCUGCCCCCAAGAGUUGGAUGAACCGCCUCCUUACAGCAGUGUCGUAACCACCCCAAGACUUGUAGAGGGACCGCCUUGCCAUCCACAGGGGCCCCCGAGAGCCGGAGUGGAAAGGCGAGUGGGCUCAGAGGGGUCUAUGACCCGGGGAAGCCCUGGAAGGGCUCCAGUCAGCCUUCGGCUUCGGGGACCCCGAGUCGUGUUCACUGCUCCUGACCUGCAGAGCGUGGACACGCUUCCCAAACGGGAGCCUCUUACUCCACCCCCUGACUAUGACGUCAGUUUUGGUCACCCUGAUGAUGACAAUGUUUUCUACGAGGACGACUGGAUACCCCCCUAG